AUGCACAUUUUAGCGGCGGUGCUAUCCCUGUGCUGGAGCGUUGCAGGCGCCUCCACAAAUGGCGUAGAAUGGUGCUACACCGGCUGUGAUCACUGGAAAGACAUCGAGAAUUCGUUUUGUGGGGGCAACAGCCAGUCUCCGAUCGACAUUGUGCCAAGCCAAGUCAAAACAAACGCACAAUUGGGCAACUUCUCUUUUGCCAACUUCUCGAAUCGUGACGUCUUUAAAAGCAUCGAGAACACCGGAGACACAGCAAAAGUACAUUUAAUGAAAGACGCGGUGGAAUUUCACGGCGGGGGACUCAAGGGGACGUACACGGCCCUGCAGUUCCACUUCCACUGGGGCGACACGGAACAUCACCCCGGCUCAGAGCACCUCAUCCAGGGCAAAAGAUUUACGAUGGAGAUGCAUGUCGUGAGUGUGAAGAAGGGUUACACGCUUGAACAGGCUACGGCGGACCCAGAGGGAGUCGCAGUCUUGGGAUUCCUCAUAGAAGCUAUGGACAACAUCAACAAGUCAGAGCACUGGGGCAAGCUCACGUCUCAUCUGAACAGUUCGAAAGUCACCAUGGAUCUGAAAGAGGCCAUCUCUAUGAAUGAUUUGAUUGGGAAUGUGGACUUGACCAAGUUCUACCGUUACAAAGGCUCGCUGACCACGCCCAUGUGCAAUGAAGUGGUGCUGUGGACCGUCUUUGCGGAGCCCGUGUACGUCCACGCUGAUCUGCUGCAGCACUUUCCCACAAAAACAAAGCUCUCCAACGUGUACCGGCCGAAACAGGAGCUUGGAGGUCGUGUGGUCCAUGCGUCUCCCGCCGUCCAGCUCCCGCCUGCUCAUUGGUGCUACAGCGACGUCAGCCACCAGCAUGGAUGUGAUUAUAGUCCAGACCACUGGGGCAACCUGGACAACUCUUUUUGCUCAGGAAGCAGACAGUCCCCUCUUGACAUUAGCUCCAAAGAUGCAAUGGUAAACAACUACCUUGAUGACUUCCAUUUUAAAAAUUUUGACGACAAACAUGUCAUUGAGCUUGUCAUAAACACCGGCCAUACAGUGAAAUGUAUGCUGAAGGAGAACCUGGUGGAGGUUUCGGGGGGAGGCCUGGGCCAUGUUUAUGUGGCGCUUCAGUUCCAUUUCCACUGGGGAGACUCCAGCUCCAACAGCGGAUCCGAGCAUCAAGUCGACUCUACAAGGUUCCCCAUGGAGAUGCACAUCGUGACAAAAAGGAAAGACCUGACCCUGGAUGAAGCCGUGAAGAAGGGGAAUGGCCUGGCAGUGUUGGCGUUCUUUAUCGAGGAUGAACCCAGCCCCUCAUCCAAAGAGGCCUGGAAACUCCUCACAAACUAUCUAAGUAAAAUUCCACACACAGGAAAUAAUAUGACGUUCUCAGAGAAGGUGUCCAUAGAUGACCUGCUGGGGGAUGUGGACCGCGGCUCGUACUACCGCUACAACGGCUCCCUGACCACGCCCAGCUGCAACGAGGCCGUGGUGUGGACUGUGUUUAAGCACGCCGUCCAGGUCGAUCACAGCCUGAUGAAGCUGUUCCCGACUAAAAUGGGUUAUCACAACGUGUACCGACCUACACAGAAGCUGCACAACCGCACCGUCUACACUUCGGCGGCGAGUGGGGUGCAUCAGUACACGCUUCUGCUUCUGCUGCUCUCAUCGGCACAACUUAUGUUUUUCAAGGCAGUCAUCGAGACACAGAGACAGGUGCAGAGUCAGUGCAUCAGUGCAUCAGCUCACAGAGACACAAUGAUUUGGCUUUUGGUUGGAGUUGUUUUGUGCGUGACUUCACCAUUGGCCCAAGGAGCCACUGAAACGUUUCAUUGGUGCUACCAUGACCCCACAUGUGACGACUCCACGUGGCCACUGCGGGCUGCACAAUUUUGUAAUGGAUCUCGGCAGUCUCCAAUUAACAUAGUUCCUGCAAACGCCAAAGUGGAUAAAAAUCUGGGGAAUUUCACAUUCACUAAUUUUGACAACAAGUCUGUGUUCAACAAGAUUGAGAAUACUGGAGAAACAAUCAAGAUGGGUUUCAACAGCGGUGUGAAGGUGUCUGGGGGUAAUCUGAACGUGACCUACGACAGCCUCCAGUUCCACUUGCACUGGGGGAACGGAGCCUCUGUCCCGGGCUCGGAGCACACUGUGAAUGGGAAGCGGUAUCCCAUGGAGCUUCAUAUUGUAAGCAUUAAAAGCAAAUUUAAUGGGAACAGUACUCUCGCGCUUGAUGACUCCGACGGAGCAACUGCCCUUGGAUUCUUCAUCGAAGCAGUUGACAAUACGACAAACGAGCCAGCCGCAUGGAGGACCCUCACCUCCUACUUGUCCAAAAUUGCCUUGAAAGGCCAGUCUGCUAACGUGUCCGAUGGGAUCUCCCUGGAUGAGCUGGUGGCUGGAGUGGACCGCUCUCGGUAUUACCGCUACAAAGGCUCGCUCACGACCCCACUCUGCCAUGAGAUUGUUGUCUGGACUGUCUUCAAGGAGCCGGUGAAAAUCAGCAAGAACUUGAUCGACAUGUUUGCCAACACUGUGCGUAUCGGAAACGAAACCAGUUCUCAAUUCAUGACAAACGUCUACAGAAGAAUCCAACCAGCGCAGGACGUGACCCACAACGCUAGCUCCAGGAUGACCUUCUCCUCUGCUCUCAUCGUCCUCAUCGCUGCUUUUUGGAUCAAAUAA